GUUUUUCCUGCUUGACGUAUAUAUAGGUGGCGCCAACGAUCUCUCUUCUACCACCUCUCUAGACGCCUCCGAUCCAUCCCACUCCAAGAAAACCAGCUGCUCACGCACCUCACCAGUCACCUACCUAGCUCUGCGGCGAUGUGCAACGGCGAGACCAAAGCCGCGACGUCCACGGCGGCGCCCCACGUCGCGCUGCUCUCGUCGCCGGGGAUGGGCCACGUGGCGCCUCUGGCCGAGCUGGCGCGCCGGCUGCACGAGGCGCACGGCUUCACCGCCACGGUCCUCACCUACGCCAGCUCCGACUCCGCCGCGCAGCGCGCGUUCCUGGCGUCCCUGCCGCCGGCCGUGGGCGCCGCGUCGCUGCCGGCCGUCCCGCUGGACGACCUCCCCGCGGGCUCCGCCAUCGAGACGCUGCUCUCCGUCGAGGCGCAGCGGUCCGUCCCGGCGCUCACCGCGAUGCUGACGGACCUCAGGUCCACGACGGGCAACCUCGUCGCGUUCGUCGCCGACCUCUUCGGCGCCGACGCGCUGCGGGCGGCGCGCGACGCCGGGGUGCCGGGCUACCUCUUCUUCCCGUCCAACCUCCUCAUGCUCUCGCUGAUGCUCCACCUCCCGCGCCUCGACGCGGAACUCGCCGCCACCGUUGGCGAGUUCCGCGACAUGCCGGAGCCCGUCAGGCUCCCCGGCUGCGUGCCGGUGCCCGGCGCCGACAUCCUGCAGCCGCUCCAGGACCGGACCAGCGACGCGUGCCGGUGGAUGGUGCACCACGGCGAGAGGUACCGCGACGCGGCCGGCAUACUGGUGAACACGUUCGACGCCGUCGAGCCAGGCGCCGCGGCCGUGCUCCGGCGGCCCGAGCCGUGGCGCCCGCCGGUGUACCCGGUCGGGCCCAUCACACGUCGGCCGGCGACGACGGCCGCGGACGACGGCGACGCUAGCGGCUGCGUGGAGUGGCUGGACGCGCAGCCGGAGCGAUCGGUGCUGUUCGUGUCGUUCGGCAGCGGCGGCGCGCUGUCCGCGGCGCAGACGCGCGAGCUGGCGCGCGGGCUGGAGCUGUCCGGGGCACGGUUCCUGUGGGUGGUGAGGAGCCCCGUCGACGACGCCGGCGCCGGCGACACCAACCCCGGGGAGAGCUACUACGACGGGUCGAAGAGCACGGACGACCCGCUGAGCUACCUCCCGGCGGGGUUCGUGGAGAGGACCAAGGCGGCGGGGCGCGUGGUGCCGUCGUGGGCGCCGCAGGCGAGGGUGCUCGCGCACCGCGCCACCAUGGCGAUGCUGACGCACUGCGGGUGGAACUCGGUGCUGGAGAGCGUGGUGAGCGGGGUGCCCAUGGUGGCGUGGCCGCUGUACGCCGAGCAGAGGCAGAACGCCGUGCUGCUGUGCGAGGAGACCAGGGCGGCGCUCAGGCCUGUGGUCCGCGGCGCCGACGGGAUGAUCCUCGCGGAGGACAUCGCCGAGGUUGUCAAGGAGAUGACGCAUGGCGAGAAGGGGGCGGCGGCGCGCGCCAAGGUGGAGGAGCUCCGGGAGGCGGCGGCCAGCGCGCUCCGGCCCGGCGGCGUGUCCUACGAGACACUGGCUGAAGUCGUGAGCAAAUGGAAGGGGGCUGCCCACUGAAGCUCGUUUGAACUGAACUGAAUAUUUGGCGUUGUUAAAAUUUAAAACUGUGGAGUUUGAGUUUGAUAUGAAGUACAGUGUCACCCAUUCAUACAAAUCCCUUGAAUUACUCGUUUGGUAAAAAGGUUGUGCAGCAAAUUGUACAGUGUUAUUCAUGUCUACCAUGUGUACCCGUUGUGAUUUCUGCUAUGUGUUUCUACUUUUUUUUUUCCAGUAAGUGAGCCUAGCUCAACUAGUUGGGGUAGAAGGUGCGGUUAUGCACCUAACCACCCAGGUUUUGAGUCCUCUUUUGCACUGAAUUUGGGUGCAUAUUUCUCUUCUUAAUGAUUAAAUGAAAAACCAUCUAGUUCCUC